UCAACUCCUUUGUCUUUCAACUCUCUCUCCAAAAAACCACUUCCAAAGACACACAAACAAACUGGUUUUCAACCGUCCGAUCACUUACUAAUGGCUGACGUGGCAGAAAGCGAGCGGAGGAUCCUCGUGGCCGUCGAUGAAGGAGAGGAGAGCAUGCAUGCUCUCUCUUGGUGCCUCAAGAACGUUGUUUCUCAGAAUUCCAAAGAUACCCUUAUCCUACUCUACGCCAAGCCCCCGAGAGCUGUGUACACGGCUCUAGAUGGCACAGGUAGGAGAGAGGAUCCAUCAGGGUAUUUGUUUUCCUCGGAUAUUUUGGCGGCGAUGGAGAAGUACGGCGCUGAGGUGGCGGCCUGCGUGAUCGAGAAGGCCAAGAAGAUGUGCAAAGACCUUCAGCAGGAUGUUAAGGUGGAGACGCGAGUAGAGAACGGUGAUCCGAGGGAUGUGAUUUGCCAGAUGGCAGAGCAGCUUGGUGCUGACGUGUUGGUCAUGGGAAGCCAUGGCUAUGGUCUCAUCAAAAGGGCAUUCCUCGGGAGUGUGAGCAACCACUGUGCACAGAAUGUGAAGUGUCCUGUGUUGAUUGUGAAGAAGCCAAAAACAAAUGCUUUCAGCAAAUGACUUUGUUAUCCUCUUCUCUCUUUUUUUCGGCCUCUAUAUUUUUGUUUUGGUGGUGAAUUUUUCUGUCGGUAUGUGACUGAUGCUGUAACUAUUUAUAUUUUAAUUGAGCUAAGCAGUGAGAAUUUUAUGGUAUAAAUCA